UUUAGCUGAUUGCCUUAUCGGAUCAGAUUUAACCUGCAGUCCAACAAUAUAGAGUUAAGUACACAUGGUUUCUGCUGGUUUCAUGCAAACAUUAGCUGGAAGACUAGUUCGUUAACUAGCAAAGCUUACUUUAACAGCAGCGUUGCUAUUCCAGCAGAUCCUGGAUUUACUGUAAGUAACGAAAACAAACGAUUUGAGAAAUGUCUAUAGACGAAGACAGGGCCAAGGACAUUUUGAAGGGCUUCAAACUAAACUGGAUGAACCUUCGAGAUGCAGAGACGGGCAAAGUGCUGUGGCAGGGAACUGAGGACCUCUCUGUUCCAGGAGUAGAGCAUGAAGCUCGUGUUCCGAAGAAGAUCCUGAAGUGUAAAGCAGUGUCCAGAGAAUUAAACUUUUCUUCCUCAGAGAAACUGGAAAAGUUCAGACUGGAGCAGAAAGUUUUCUUCAAAGGACAGUGUCUAGAAGAAUGGUUCUUUGAGUUUGGUUUUGUUAUCCCCAACUCCACCAACACAUGGCAGUCUCUGAUAGAAGCAGCUCCAGAGUCCCAGAUGAUGCCAGCUAAUGUUUUAACUGGCAAUGUGAUCAUAGAGACCAAGUUCUACGAUGAUGACCUCCAUGUCAGCACCUCCAGGGUACGACUUUUUUACGUCUGACCUCUCAACCCCUGGCUCUACCCUCCAAAAUGCUGGUGUCCUGCCAAGGACUAUAAAUUACCAAUGUUAGCUAUGAUUUUCAGCAUUAAACGGCUCAUUGCUGAUUGGGAUCAGCACAUUUGGAUGAAACCCAGCUGUGGUCCCACAAUCAGUGAAGUGAGCUUUGUGUUUGGUUGUUCUCUUGUUUUGUGUCAACCUGAAAACUUCCUCUAGACCUUGGGAGAAGAGGUGAGAAGAUGAGAGCACUGUGCUGUGUCCUCUGUUCACGAGAUCAUCUCUCUCUGCUUAUGCCCCUCCAGACUUUUCCACUGUAAAUACAAUAACACUGAUCACCAGUCAUCCAGGAGCCACUCUGGUUUGGACUUUUUUUUUUUUUUUAAUUCUGCUCUCUCACUCAAAGGUUGCAUUUACUCAGGAACAUCAGACGUGUAACUUUCCUGGCGUGAUCUUCUCCUUUCUGUUUGGAAACACUGCUCUCAAUGUGUUGUCAGUGUCGAGGGAGGAAGUUUAGUGCCUCUUCUGAGAUGCGUUCAAGAGUUCCCCAUCAUAAAACACAGGAUAACAUUCCCUCUAGCUGUGUCCCACUCCAGAGGCUACUGCCUGUCAAGUCCACAUUACACAACAAAGUAUAUUGGCUGUCCUUUUCCAAAGUCACAUUGAAAUGUGGCCUAUUUUUGUAUACAUUUGAAGAACAAAACAGAUACAUUGUUUGUUGUCCUUAAUAUCCCAAAAAUCGCACUGGUUACUUUUUGUCCAAUUUGAAUAUUGUUGGAUAUCAUCAGUGAAAUAGAAGUUAUACGGAUAUAUUUGAACGAUGGCUAAUCAAAUAUCCACUUUUACGAGCUGACAAGGACUGCCUGAAUGCAUCGUUAAUGGUGGUCUCUGUGAGGUCAAGUAUUGUAACUUGUAAUGUAGCUUUCGUCCUCUGAAGGACACACCUCUAUAGGCAGCCUCUGAAGAGGGACACAGCUUCUACCUACCAAACCGUUCCCGUUCCCUGACCACGUGAAACACCAUGGUGUGAUGGAGGACCAAGCACAUGCGCUGGUUUAUCACUGUUGUCAUGACACAUGGUUGAAAAGCACUGUGUUGGGAGACAUUCAUCAGCAGACAGGGGGUUAAAUACAGCCACUUGUACUUAAAGAUUUCAACUAAAUUAUCAUCAGGUGUAAACUGAGUCCUGCAUCAUUUAUUCUCAGUAGUUCAGAUGUUACCAGCGGCUAAACACAGUUAUUCCCUGUACAUUCGGACUUCCCAUCCAAUUCACAGUUUUUCUUUUUUUCUUAGCUGCUAACUGGGCAGUGCAAAAUAGACUUGUGUUAUAAUAUGACUGGAGUUGUGGAUUAAAGUCAUCCAAUGUUGUAAUAAAA